AAGAGAGAGAAGGCGAGAAUUAGAAGCACAACGCACAAUACGACUAACAGAACUUUACGCAAACCUCCUUCUACCUACAAGUCAGUGGAGUGAUGCUGCCCGGUGCCAGGUCAUUGCUGUUGUGUGCUUUGUGUCAUGGGGUGGCCGUGUGGGCUUUUGCACGCAUGCCUGAUGCAGUGGAGCUGCGUUCUGCAUUUUCUGUUGCUCGUACUACUAGUAUGGAGGGUGGGCCAAAGAUGGUCAUCACAUUUGACAAGAUCUAUGUGAAUAUCGGUGGUGACUUUGAACCAAAAACAGGCUUAUUUCGCUGCCGGAUCCCUGGAGCGUACUACUUCUCCUUCACUGUGGGGAAGUUCCCACAUCGGGAUCUGUCAGUGAUGCUGAUGAAGAACCGGAACGAGGUACAGGCAAUCAUCUAUGAUGACAACGGGGGUGAGGAACGGAAGGUCCAGAGUCAGAGCGCCAUGCUGCAGCUUGACUUCGGUGACACUGUCUGGCUACGUCUCCAUGGUGACCCACGUUAUGCAAUCUAUAGCAACACAGGGCACUACACUACAUUCAGUGGAUACCUGAUUUACCCAGAUAUAUAUACAUUCCAAGAACACAAAGAACAGAUCAGUGAGGACCAAGCAACAAUAUUCACCCAUUAUACACCACAGCAAGUUGACACAGAGGGGACUGUAACUGAAGAAAAGAAAGAAGAAGAGAAGAGGGAUGUAGAGGAGGAGGAGGACCAGAGGUCUGCUUUCUCAGUUGGUCGCACCCAGAGCAUUCUGGGUAUAGAUAAAGGCUACCCUGAGCACAAGCCAAUAACAUUCGACACUGAAUUUGUCAAUAUUGGCAAUGACUUUAAUGUGAGUUCAGGUGUAUUCAUAUGCCGUGUGCCUGGGGCCUACUAUUUUUCAUUCAAUGCUGGUAAGCUGCCACACAAGACCCUUUCUGUGAAGUUGAUGAAGAAUCACUUGGAGGUCCAAGCAAUGAUAUAUGAUGACAGCGACACUGAAAAGGCCUUGCAGAGUCAAAGCCUGAUGCUGCAGCUGCAAAAAGGAGAUACAGUGUGGCUCUACAGUCACCAAAGGGAAGGAUUUGGUGCAUACAGUAAUCAUGCAAAGUACAUCACCUUCACUGGAUUUCUGGUCUACCCAGAAAUCCCCCGCAACCACCUUCAGCAGCAAAAGCAGGGGAGGGGGGUUUAA